AUGCUUCUCUCCUUCCUUUUCUGCCUAGCAGUUGCUCUAGCACAAUUCGUCAGACCUAAACUUCCCUCACAGGAUAGCUUCUACGACGCUCCUUCGAAUUUGACCUCCUACAGCGAGGGGGAUAUCAUCAGCUACAGGAAGGCUCCUAGUCAAAUUCGCUCCAUCUACGCGCCCUUGAACAUCAAGGAAGCAUGGCAGCUUCUAGUGCGCUCACAGAAUGCUCGAGGAGAGCCAACAGCCAUAGUUUCCACUAUCUUGGUGCCUUACGAUCCGAACCCAGAUCUUCUUGUCUCUUAUCAGUUCGCACAGGAUUCUGCAACUAUGGACUGCCUGCCUUCGUAUGGAAUGUUGUUUGGUGCUGGCAUGGGCACCUUUGUUGCCCAGGCGGAAAUGUUGCUAUGCCAGACGGCUCUUGCCAAAGGUUGGUACGUGGUUGUGCCGGAUUACGAGGGCCCUGAUGGUGCUUUCACUUCUGGAUGGCAAGCAGCCUACGCCACGCUCGACUCUCUCAAAGCUGCAUUGAACUCAGAGAAGUUUUCGGGACUUUCUCCAGAUGCAAAAGCUGCUAUUUGGGGCUACUCAGGUGGCUCAUUUGCCUCAUCAUGGGCAGCCUCACUUCAGCCUUCUUAUAAACCUGAUCUCAAAAAGAAUCUAGUUGGCGCCGCUUUAGGCGGUUGGGUGACAAAUUGGACCGACGUUAUUUGGGCUUCUGAGGGCACAAUCAGUGCUGGACUUACUCCCAACAUAUUGAAUGGUUACCGUACAUCGAAUCCAGAUCUCCAAGAAGUCUUUGACGAUGAGUUCGAUGAGGAUAAGAGAAAAAGACUCUAUGAUAGCGCCGACAAUUGUUUGAUGACAUCGAUUCUUCAAUAUGCCUUUCGCAGGUUUUUUAGUGGCAGAAAUCCUUGGACAUCAAAGGGUUGGGCUUUUUUUCUGAUUCCAGAGAUCAAAGACCAAGUAUUGAACAAUACUCUCGGACGUAAUGACAAAAUUCCUUUACCAGAAAUACCGUUAUUUGCAUUUCAUGGCAUUCCCGACGAGAUUGUUCCUUUUUCAGGCAGCGAGGAGACAUAUGAGAACUUCUGUGACAGGGGUAUCGAGAGCUUUGAGUUUGCAGUAUCUAAUACUACGGGUCAUAUCUUGGAAGCGGCAGAGGGCAGCCCUGCUGCUUUAGCAUGGAUACAGAAGAGAUUUGAUGGAGAAGAACCUGUGAAGGGCUGUAAACGCACUGUACGCUCAACCAACGUUCUCUACCCGGGAGCUGAUGUACAGCUUGCACAACUAAUAAAAACCAUCCCAAGUUCUUUCAGUGGGAAAGAGAUUGGCGAAAGCACGCGGAACAUCACCGAAUCUACAACGUGGACAGGCUUACUACAAAAUGUCCUUGGAGGAUUGUUAACUUUUGUUGGACCCAUCCCGUUGAAGAGAGAAGUGAGGCCAGUAUACUCCAAUGAAGAAUUUGACCUUGCCAUCCGCAGGUUGAUGGAGGGGGCCAGCUCAUAUUGA